AACAAAGGAGGCAUCGAAGAAGAGAGAGCACCCUGUCUUGUUGCAAAGCUUCUUUUCAGACAGUCUUCACUGGGAAUUUGAUCCUUGGGCCAUUCCUAUGGUGGCCAGUCAGUGUGUGGCCAUGGGCAAUGGUUCUAUAAAAGCCCCGAGGGCUGAAGAGAACAACUAUCCAGCCUCAAUCCGUAAAGACCCUGCUGGUCUGGAUAAAGAUGUCUUCAGGUUGCGGAUUGCCCACCUAGAAGCGGAGCUGGCACGUCGGGAACAAGAGUUUCGAGCUCAGGAGCUUCAGUUACAGCAUCUUCAGCAGGAACUGGAGACCAAGGUCUCCCAGAUUGAUAAGCUCCAGGAUGCUAUUGGAUACAACAAUAUCCUGGGCCGCUCUCCACCAGUUCAAUUGCCCCAGAGCCCCCGCUGCUUCAGUGCAAUCAACCAGGGUCCCAGCCGCUUCCAUAGGGUGGCUGUGGAAGUCCACCGUAGGCUUAAAGCAAAAGAGGGUGUCUCUGCAGAACCCACAUCCAAGAAGUUCUGUGGAGGCCUGAGAGCAGAACACGGCUUUAUUGUAAGGGCUGUCCACAAAAACUCAAACACCAAAAAGCUGAUCAACAAAGCUAUCAUAAACAAUGACUUUCUGAAGAAUCUGGACCCACAGCAUAUGAGGGAGAUGGUGGACUGUAUGUAUGAGAAGGUGUACACUGAGGGGCAGCUGGUCAUCCAGGAGGGCGAACCUGGAAACUACCUCUACGUACUGGCAGAUGGCAUUCUGGAGGUCAUCCAGAGUGGAAAGUUGCUGGGUGAGAUGCGUCCUGGUACCGCGUUUGGAGAACUUGCCAUAUUGUACAACUGCAAGAGAACAGCCACUGUUCAAGCUCUGUCCCAGUCUCACAUCUGGGCACUGGACCGCCAGACCUUCCAGACCAUCAUGAUGCAGACCACGCAGGCCCGACAUGAGGAAUACUUCAAUUUCCUGCGCAGUGUGUCCCUGCUCCGUGACCUGCCGGAGGAGAAGCUGGCCAAGAUUGUUGAUUGUCUUGAAAUAGACUAUUUUGAAAAAGGGGAGUAUAUUAUUCGAGAGGGUGAAGAGGGGAACACUUUCUUUAUUAUUGCAAAAGGAGAGGUCAUAGUCACUCAAAGCACAGAGGGGUUUGCUGAACCACAGGAAAUCAAGAUACUUGGAGUCGGAGACUACUUUGGAGAGAAAGCUCUCAUCAGUGAGGAUGUUCGCUCAGCCAACAUUAUUUGCAAUGAGAGGGAUACACAUUGCCUGGUGGUGGACAGAGACAAUUUCAACCAAAUGGUGGGAACGUACGAGGAGCUUCAGUCUUACCUGAAGAAAUAUGUGGCAGAGCUUUCCAGGAGUGAUGAGAAAAGAAAUGCCCUGCCCUACUCCCCUCAGAUCGACUCUGCAGAGGCUCAGGAGCUGAUGAGGCUGACAGAGAGGAUUUCCCUCCUGCCCCAACACCAGCCUUUCCAGGAGCUUGAGGUCAUAGCUACACUUGGCACGGGAGGAUUUGGACGAGUGGAGCUGGUGAAGCUAAAGGGCGAGGACACCACCUUUGCUCUGAAGUGCAUCAAGAAGAUGCACAUUGUGGACACCAGACAGCAGGAACACAUCUACUCUGAGAAAAAUAUCCUGCAGCAAAUCAGCUCAGGGUUUAUCAUAAGGUUAUUCCGAACAUUUCGGGAUGAAAAGUUUGUCUACAUGCUGCUGGAGGUGUGUCUGGGCGGAGAGCUGUGGACUGUGCUGCGGGACAUGAAUUAUUUUGAUGAAACCAAAGCCAGGUUCUGUACUGGUUGUGUCUCAGAGGCGUUUGAUUACCUCCACACUUUGGGCAUUAUCUACAGAGACCUGAAACCUGAAAACCUUCUACUGGAUAAUGAGGGUUAUGUCAAAAUGGCAGACUUCGGCUUUGCUAAAAAGAUUGGCCUUGGAAAGAAGACCUGGACCUUCUGUGGGACUCCAGAGUACGUGGCCCCUGAGGUUAUCAUGAACAAAGGCCAUGACUUUGGUGCAGAUUGCUGGUCUUUGGGAAUCCUCAUAUUUGAACUUCUCACUGGCAACCCACCAUUUGCUGGCUCAGACCCCAUCAAGAUUUACACCAUGGUCCUCCAUGGCAUUGAGAAGGUUGACUUCCCAAAGAGAAUAGGCAAGCGUCCAGACGACCUCAUCAGGAGACUCUGCAGGUUAAACCCAGUGGAGAGGCUUGGGAACAAAAAAAACGGCAUCAUUGACAUAAAGAAACACAAGUGGUUCCGGGGCUUCAACUGGGAGGGGUUGAGGCGACGCAAGCUGCCGUCUCCACUGAGGAGAGAGGUAAAGGGGCCAAUGGAUCACAGUCAAUUUGACAUGUUUCCUCCUGACACAGAGGAGGCUCCUGAUGAGCUGUCCGGCUGGGACAAAGACUUCUGAGGACACCGAUCAUUUUUAUUCCGAGCAACAUCAGUUGAUGCAGUUCUGGAAGCUACGGUUUUCGUCCAACACACAGGGGAAAGUGCCCAAUCUUUUUACUGAUGCCCUUCCAACCCAUAAAGGACGAGAGCCCAGCAGAAAGAAAUAAAGGACAAUAAAGUUUGGGCUUUGUCACAGAGUUUUACACUUUUCAACAUUUCAUACUUUUUUGAACAAGAAGUCACAAAGAAGCAGGUAGAAGGAUAGAAAACACGUCUUCUCUUAUACCACAGAAUUUUUGAAUAUCGAGAAUAUGUGUAUCUGUAUUUUGUGUGAUUCUUUUCUGUUGAUACAGUGAUGUAUUGUCUGGAAAACCCUCACUGAGCAGACAUUUUUAAAUACAGUUUGAUUGAGUACUAAAUCCAUCGCUGGUAUUUCUCUUCCUUAUGUCAUGUGAUUCUAAAUAAGCCUCUGGAGCCAUAUAUUUUCUUUGGCUCAAAGCUGUCCCAAUAUUAUGGUAUGCACUGAAAAGUACAAGUAAUUGGAUCCAGAAUCGGAAUGACUAUCUUUAUCAGUGA